UUGAUAACAGCAAUACCACUAAAACAGCUAUCAUUUCGGUUUGAAACCAGCAGUGUAGACAUUCAAUAAAUAUUACUCGCUAUUCAAGCAUUUCGUUUUAACCAGGCUAAGCAAAUUAGCCAAGUGGUAAAAAUUAGUGUUUUAGCUUACUAAUUACCUACCAUGCCUCUAAAGGAAUAUUCUGACAGUGCCAGUAAGGAACCAUUGCUAUUUGAUUAUGACGACGGCGAUGACUUUAUGGAACCAAACGACGGUUACCCGCUUUUCUUCAGUCAAAACCAAGUUGAUGAUUUUAAUGAACAACUUAAUCUUACCCGUUCACAACGUGUCCGCGCUGCAAUGUUCCCUGAAACCCUUGAUGAAGGCAUCGAAAUACCUUCAACCCAACUGGAUCCCAAACGUCCAACCACUCUACAACGCCUUGCUGAACCCAGCCAACUUCUAAAAUACGCCAUAAUUAAUCUAAUCAACUAUCAAAGUGACGCAGAUUUUAGUGUUCAAGCCGUUCCAGAAUUAAUCCAACUUUUAAACGACCCAGAACCUGAAGUAAUCGCACGUGCCGCCAUGAUGGUGCACCAACUGACCAAAAAGGAAGCAUCACGUCAUGCUAUGAUGAACAGCCCAGAAGUUGCUAAUCUUGUCACAGCAAUGUUUAAUCUUCUAAGCAGUGUAAAUGACCAUCAAACAAUGAAAGCAGUACUUGGAACAAUGCAUAACUUGUCACACCAUCAACAAGGUUGUGCAUUCAUCUUCAAAAGCUUCGGUAUUCCAUUCCUCGUGAAACUCUUAGGACACCCAGAAGAGAAGAUUGUAUUCUAUGCAAUAACAACCUUACACAAUCUUUUGACAUUCCUGGAAGGAGCCAAGAAGGAAGUGCGUGAUGCUGGUGGUAUACAAGCAAUGGUCCAGCUCUUAAACAACAGGAAUGUUAAACUAUUAGCAAUUGACAUAGACUGUCUAAGAAUCUUGACAUUUCAACAUGAAGAUAGUAAACUGAUUCUUCUUGGAUCAAAAAGUCAUAUUGAUCUGUUGCAUCUAAUGAAAACCUGUAACUAUGAAAAAUUAUUAUGGAAAACAUCAGCGUUGCUACAAAUUUUAUCGGUGGUACCAAGUCAUAAACCAGCGAUUGUCGAUGCAGAUGGUAUGCAAAUCUUAGCUGAGCAUCUGAUUCAUCCCAGUCAAAGAUUGGUACAGAAUUGUUUAUGGAUUUUAAGGAAUCUAUCUGAUGCAGCAACAAAAGUAGAUAAUGUGAGGAAUCUACUACAAUCUUUGAUUCCAUUCUUACAAACAUCAGAUGCCAAUCAAGUGAUUUGUGCAGCUUGCAUUCUUUCAAAUUUAACCUGCGAUAAUUACAAUAAUAAAGUCAUGGUGUGUCAACUUGGAGGUGUUGAUGCCCUGAUGACUGCUGUUCACAACGCAAGAGAUAUUGAAGAAGUUGUUGAACCUGUCAUGUGUACUCUAAGACAUUUAACAUGGAAACAUUCAGAAGUAGAUUUUGUCCAAGAGGCGAUCUGUGCAAACAAUGGGAUACAGAUACUUUCUAACCUAUUAAACCCACCUUCAAGAUGGCCGACAAUCAAAGCUGUCAUUGCUGUUAUUCGCAACAUGGCGUUGAAUCCUGAAAAUCAUAUUCCUUUCAGGGAACAUGGCGCUGUGCAUGUUUUAAUUGAUUUAUUACAACAAUCAUACCGAGAUACUUUUGGUCAAAAUAAUGUGAGUGUUAGUAGUAUGGGAUCCACAGCUCCCGGAAGUUAUGCAGAUGGAGUCAGAAUGGAGGAUAUAGUUGAAGGUACCACUGCUGCGUUGAAUGUCCUGGCACGAGAUAGACACAACAGGCUUAUUAUUAGACAAAAGAUGGAUUUGCAGAUAUUUGUACAGUUAUUAUACAAAGAUAUUGAGGGUAUUCAACGGGCUGCUGCUGGUGUACUUUGUGAACUUGCCAUUGAUAAAGAAGGAGCUGAGAUGAUCGUACAACAAUCUGCCACGGAUAUUUUAGUAGAACUUUUACGAUCAACAAAUGAAGGUGUGGGUACUUAUAGUGCUGUUUGUCUCUUCCGGAUGUGUAAAGACGCACCACAGGAAUACCAGAACAGAAUUAUGGUUGAUUUGAUGAACUUCCGGCUUGGACAAGAGUAUAUUAUGAAUGCUGAUGCAAAUAUGCAUGCAGAUCAAGGUUUAUAUGAUUAUUACGCCCCAUCUGUUGAACCCAGUGUGCACAGUGUACACAGUGUGCAUAGUGUGCAAAGUAGUGUUUAUGGAGUCAGGACACCACCAUUAUCACCCCCAUAUCAACAAUCAGAGGUUGGAUCCGUGUAUAGUGGAAUGGAAACCAUGAGAGUAGGUGAUAUGCGUGCAAUGAGAGCCCAACCAGAUUAUGCUAUCAUUAACGACAAUUCUUCUCCUCUGCCUCCUCCACCAUCUUCAAAUGAUGGAAGGCAGGAUAUGGUGGACAACGGUUCGAUGAUUGGGUUGCCGCCUCCGCCAACCCAAUGGGUUGUCAAUGAUGUUAGUCUGUAAAUUAAAAACAAUGUAAUUAGAAUUUUAAGAAAUGUUUUUACAAAUAAAGAUUUAUUUAAUCAA